UUAACCGCAUCACUAUCGAACCACGACAGCCGAUAAGGCAGAAAUUGAACAUCAUAAGAGAGAGAAAAAGAAUAAGAGAAAAAAAUGAAAGAAGAACAAAAACCCCGCGUCCACACCCCCGGCGUCCCGGUUCCGCCGUCUGCGCGCCGCACGCAGAGACCGCCUUUGUCGGGGAUGGGGGUGAGAGAUAUUCGUCAGACGAAGGAGUAUAAGGUCGCUGCGCGGCGGUGGCUGUCGACGAUCGUGGCGUUGCCGGUUUUUAUGUAUACUUCUUGGGUGUUGUAUGAGAGGACAUACGGUGAUAAGCAGCAGAAACGGCUGAACGAGGGGAGUGGGAGUGGGAACGAGACUACAGAGCGUGAUUGAUUGAUUGAGUAUAUCAGUGGCUUUGAUAUCUGUUUGGUUUGUUGGAUGGUUAGUUUGUACUAUAAGUGUCAUAUUUCAUGGAUGUAUAUGUG